AUGGCGACCGAGGAAGUCUCCCUCAACGGUCGCGAGACAAUUCCCAGUAAAUCGCCCUUGCUGAAGAAGGCAGCGAGUCUUGUAUUGUCAAAAGAUGAGCAUGUCAAAAAGAAAAGAAAGAUUAGUUUCAAAGAAGAAUCAAAACCGCCGCUAAUUCUCGAAAGUCAUCUUAGUAAAGUUCGACGUUUGAGCUCCACUGAGGAAAGUUGGAAUAUAACGUCGGAUUCGUCUCCAUCUCGCUCACCAUCGCCGACCAAGACACCCAACAGCCUAAAAACAACGUUAAAAAAGAUUAAGAAAGAAGGUAAACGUGCUUUUUAAUGUGUGUUUAGCUCUGACAAGAUAAAUUCCAAGAAAAUCAACGUCCCAGUUUUGCUGCAGAAUUCCAGCUUUUCAGGUCGUCAGCAAAACUGUUUGCCCUUCCGACCGGCGAUAAAGCUUGGUCGAAAUUGUGUUAAGUUCAGAAUUAUGUGGAUAUUCAAAACUGUAAGUGAAAGCACUCGUUGAACGUUUAUUUAGCCCAUAAACUGCAAAUAUUGAGCGGAGUAAAAACGAUACGAUUGCGAGGUUAUGUAUACCACAACGUUAUUUAAAUCUGGAUUGAAGUCAAUUUUCAUGGUGACCACUCGCUCUUGAAAGUUUCGAUAGUACAUGUAAGUAAUAGGGAUGGCGAGGUUAUGUAUACCAAACGGUUAUUUAAAUCGAUCAAAAACUUCGUAUUUACCGCUCUAGCGAUCAAUAAGUCUUCACGGAUCUACCCUUUUGUUUGUAGCCUAAGGCAUAUAGUAAAAUAAAAUGUCGGUUGCACGUGUUUACUAACGAACACCUCAUCAGUUGUUCUAUCAUGAGUUUUUGCUCAAAAGGUAAAUAAAUGUAGCUGCCUUGACAAUUGAAACGUGUCUCUCAGUUUAGAUUCAUGUAAUUUCAUUGAAGAGAAAAGAAAGCUGUUGUCUUGAUACAGUGGCAGUUUUAUGCUGUUUUGUACAAUCCUGACUUUACUAAACACACACAUUCUGGAAUGAUUUAUUAAUGAAGGGUUUAUUAAAGUCAUUGCAGCUUCAAGGUGCUAUAACUGUCUUACAUGUCAAUGUAAGGAUUACAGGUCGUUUCACCUGCGCGUCAAUUUGGCUACACUGAGGUCAAUUUGCCUACAUGAUCUAUUAAAUUUGUUUCAGCGACACUAAGUUUAUACAAGUAAUAGUAUGGUAUAAAUAGGAGUAAAGCUUACCGAUGACUCUGGCAUGUUUGAAAGAGAUGCCAUAUUUUCUAAGAUUUGCCUCAAACAUGGCAAAAAAACCUUAAACCCUAGUUGCAAAAUAUUAUUAAGUAUUAAAAACUGCAAGAAUUUAAUACUCUGUAUUUAAAGCAUAUUAAAAUACACAAAAUACUGCACACACUACCACGAGUUGCACGUAUCAUUCCCUCAUUCCUUUUUAUCUAGCGCACCCCGCAACUUCAAUGGCCCAUAACUUUUCAAAGUCAGGGGCCAUUGGCCGAGUUGUCCCUUUUGCCUUUCCAAUCCAUGUGGAGCGGCUGAAAGACUUUGUUUGGUGGUAUGCAGGGUUGUGCUCUAGCAGAGCCCAGUGGCCCCUGGCGCCUAACUUUUGCCCUCGGGCGACCAGAAAAUCUCAGAUUUUUCAUACAAAUCAUAUGCUGGGCACCCUAGAUUUUACAGUUUCAGGGCACUGGGCUCCCUUCAAUUUUCCUUAGAGCACAGCCUUGGUAUGGAUUUAGGUGAAUGAACAAAGUUGAUGACGGAAAUCAAGCCCCUAAAUAUUUAAUUAACUAUUAUUAUUGUUAUUGUUGUUGUUGAUGAUGUUAACAUAAUAUAAGUACAUAUAAUAUAUUCAGUUGCUCUAGUGCUUCAAGAAAUUAAAAACACUGAACAGGUGAUUAUUCUUUAGUUUGAAUUUUGAUAAUGUCACAUGAAAACCAGCUAUUGAUUCUAAUCGAUUUUCAAAAUUUGAUCAAUGACUUUUUGCUGUGGUGCAGCUUCUAAGUAAGCACAAACUGCUUACAAUCUACAAAAGAGAAAGCUCUCAAAAGCCGCUUUGUCAAGAUUUUUGAAUGUUUUUCACAUUGACUCCCAGUGAUCUGUGAUCAUUACAGGUGUACAUGUACAUCUAUUGCUGGUAUUGCUGUGUUGUUGAUCAACAACAAAACAAAGUUUGAACUUAAUAACAAUAAAAACAAACACAUUUGUUUCUUCACAGGAAAGUCUGAAUAUGCUCCAUCUGCUCCAGAGAUAAUUUCCCAUAAUGAUUUAAAACUGAAAAUCAAGAGAAACUCAGGUAAAUACAACAUAUUAUGAUAACUACAUUUAAAUAUCAGCACAUGUGACAUGUUUUUUCAGUUACAUGCAUAAGACUGUUGUUCCAGGAAGUUACUCAUUACAGGUUUAACAAAAGACAGAUAUCCCUCAUAACAUGAUAUGCAAUGUAAAUGAAAUAAUGCAGGAGGGUGUAGCUUAUCAGACUGUCAAUGAAAACAGCAUUUAAUCAAGUUUAGGUGUCUGGUUGAAAUUUUGUGAACAUGACAUACCAAGGAAAGUUCAUGUGGUUAUAAGAGUGUAUGCAGUGUACAAUAAAAUUUUUCAGUGACUCAUCUCCAGGAAACCAGACUGAUGAAAAUACGUCCAAAAACAAAGUACCAAAAACUAAAUGUCGCUGAUAAAAUCUUCCUGACAGAUUAGCAUCUACAUGUAAUAAUGAUUUGUUUUAUAGUGGAACUUACUAUUCACAAUAGAGCAAUUUUGCAGUUUCCAGAGUGGGUUCAGUCAAGUUUUUAUGCAGUCUUUGCUGUGAAAAGUGUUAUACAAAACUAUACACGUGUGACCGCAGCAUUCUUUAAUACUUGAGGAAUCCGAGGUCUACUGUAAGGCUUCAUGAUUGGAAAAGCUGUUCAUAGAAGUGAUUUUGCCAUAAACAUCGCAAAGAUGCUUGAUACUCACAGUUUUUUAAACCUUUUCACAACACAAGAGUGCCAUCUCUCAAGACAAGACUCUCAUCAUGCGAGAGAAUGGUAACUUACUUUUGAGCCGUACUGUAUUAAACCAUAUGAUCUCACAUCUCUUAACUGUAGUUGGUCACAAUUUAAUUUUGUAAAAGUUUUAUGUAAGAUGUCACUGUAAGAAAGUGACUGCUGAACUGUGGUGUACACUAACAAGAGAAGGUUGCAGGAACAGUACUGCUGAUUUAUCUAGAAAGGGAAUGGCUGAGUUUAAUCACUGUCAGGGUUGUCACUAAGAUUUCAAGUUGCCAGGUAAAUACAACAAGUAGGCUGGGAAUCAAACGGCUAGGGAUUUCUUUUGGUUCAAUUUUUCUUCCAUUUUCCAAUAAAAGUAGCCGGGGGCCACUCUCUUAGUAGCCGGGGAAAAUCCCCGGCGCCCAGCUCUUAAUGACAACCCUGACUGUACAUUGUUUCUCCUUACCAUAAUUAGUUUUAUUGUUGGAUUGUUUUUAACAGUUGAUACCAACCAUGAGAGCAAUGGUACUAACCUUAAUGGAGGAGCUGAUGUGAAAAAGAAAAAAAAGAAACAUAAAGAUCAUCAUCACCAUCAUCAUAACCAUGAAGAAGAGAAAAAAUUCAAUGACCAGGAUUAUAGUAUAAGACAGAAUCCAAAGGAAAAGACUCGUUUAUCUCACCUUAUUCACAAAGAAGUUGAUUCCAAUGGAGGCGCAUCUGUUCUCCAUGUUUAUUUGGAUGAAAUUGCAGGAUUAAGGGAAGAGAAAAUGCAAAAGUUUGUGAAACUUUUUUUCCGUGAAGUCUUUGCUGAAAAGAGUGAAGGUGUUGCAAAAAAUGUAAUGGGCAUUAUCCACAAUGCUGCAGCUUAUCUUCCAGAACUUGUACAAUACUUUGGAGAGCACCACCCAAAUCUGACUGUCAAAGUUUCGUCUUUGUACAAAAAGUCUGAUCUUGAGACUAUCAAAAUGGCUGAAUUUUUACAGAGAGUUCAGUCUUCUUAUUCACAUGGAACAUACCGAGCUGGGCCUUUAUUGCAGUUUAGCUUAGUCGGGACUGUCCAGGAAGAAAGCGGAGGAUACUUCCCAGAAUUUCUUGACUUGCUUGAACAAUGUUUAUUUUUAAAAGAAACAAUGCCAUGGGGGAGUUUUUCUACACUUCAUUUAACUGAUCGGAAUAAAAGUAAUGAUGGUCCCAUUCUGUGGGUUCGGCCCGGGGAGCAGGUUAUUCCUACAGCUGAGUCCAAAUCACCAUACAAGAAGCGAAGGUACUGUACAUAUAAAAUACUGUAUGUUGUUUUUUUGAGCUGUACAUCAAAAGCAGUCAUGUUUUUCUAAUUCAGAUACAUUACAUGUUGGGGCAGGGGCUGCGGACUUCACCCAGUUUCUAUGAAGGUGACCCCCGGCUACUUAUAAAAAUACUAUAGAACCAAAAGAAAUCACUAGCUGUUUCAUUCUCUGCUUACUAGUUACACAGGGUGCAAAGUAAGUCAUUUUUACUGCUUGCCAUUUGGGCAAGCUAAAGCUAACAUUUACUAGCCCAAAUAUCAUUUCAAUUAGCCCCAAAAACAUUUUGAUGAGCAGAUUGAUUUCACAGUUCCUCUGUAAUUUGAAUUCCUCAAAAAAAUUCACUUGCCUGUCGGGCAAGUUAAUAACAGAAUUUGCUAGCCCGAUAGCAAAAUCCACUAGCCCUGGGCUAUUGGAUGCUACUUUCUUUGCACACUGUUACAUUUACCUGAUAACUUGAAAUCUUAGUGACAGCCCUGUGAUUAUCUUGAUUACCAGCAUGCAAUGAUGUACUAUAAAUUGAUAUUAUUUGCUUCCCAAGAAUUGCUGUAAAUGAACUCCAAAACCUACAGUACCUUCCCAGGGCCUCAGAACCCAGGGAAAUUCUGGCUGAAGACAGAACGCGAUGCCACGCGGAUCAUGUUGGACAUGGUUUCGAUAGACACACAACUGCAGCUGUGGGAAUCUUAAAAGCAGUUCAUGUUGGGGAAAGGUAAGCAGUCAGUAGUCAGUAUUGUAUCAUUAUUUAUAGACUACAUUGAUGUGGUUUUUCUUCACUACCAGUACUGGUACAUUUAUACUGUAUCUCUCACCAGCUAGUUACAUCAGUAGACACCCUGUGAUUGGUCAGUUUAUAGAGCUUUUUCACUUGACAUCAUGGCAACCAUAUUGGUGUUUCAAAACAAUGAAAUGGCGGCCAUUUUGAGGUGCCAAGAACUCAUGUAGGAGUUGAGUUGUUUGAAAGGCACCCAUUCACUUUUUUUCAUGACUUGUUGCCAUUUUCAUUGGCCAAUUCUGUUCAGGGUGACUUGUGAUAAAGUUUUUGACUUGCUGCAAAUUCCGUGGGCCAAUAAGGUAACAGUGAUAAGGCAGGACUGUGCUUCACAGGUUCAGAGCACUGGGCUCUCCUCAAUUUUCCUUAGAGUACAGCCUAUUAAAGGUUUUAGAACUUUUUGCUUUUUGUUUGGAAAGGUUUAGAAGGCCACAGGGACAUCAUAACCUUUGGUUAACGUCUUUUGGCUCUUGGUUGACUGAUUGAUCGAUUGUACAGUGUACUUGUAUGAUUGAGUAGUUGUUGAAGAAAUACCUUCAAACUCAUUCUUUUUAUUAAGAGGUAUUUAUGUUCUGUCAAGCUGAGCUUUAUUCUGUACUUGCAGUCCUUUAAGUAACCGAGUCUGUAAAGAUGUGGUGUGCUUUGAUGCUGAAAACUUUAACUUACUGGUACAGAAGUUACAGCUGGAUCUUCAUGAACCUCCAACUCAACAAGUAAGGCACUUGUAGCAAAACAGUUUUUUUGUGUGCAUCAAGCAAAUGCACUCAAAUUGUGUAGUACAUGUAGUAGACAUGACUAAGUGAAUUACUGUAAACUAUCCAACCUCACAGUUGUACUUAUUGCAUUUACCUGCCAAUUUUAAAUUAAUCUUAGUGAAAGCGCUGGAACAGGUAACUUACUGAUGUAGCCAUGCCGCAAUGAGCUCAGCUGGGAUGAACUUAAACACAUCUAGCUAAUGGUCAGUGGUUUUUGACCUUAGAACAGCCAAAUUGCAAGUCCGACAUGUGGACCACUUGGCAAGGCUGUGCUCUAAGGAAAAUUGAAGAGAGCCCAGUGCUCUGACCCUGUAAAAUCCAGGGUGCCCAGCAAAUGAUUUGUAUGAAAAAUCUGAGAUUUUCUAGUCACCCAACAGCAAAAGUUAGGCACCAGGGGCCACCGGGCUAUGCUUGGCAACAUUGCUUCAAACUUUUUAGUUUUUCUUAUUCACAGGCGAAAUCAACAUAAUUUAUUGUUUGUUGGCCAGUUCUUGGAUUGUGUGGUGCAUGGCCUCUUUGAUUUAUCAGUAUUCCAUUUCUUUUAUUUAGUGUGUUGGCUGGGUUGAUGAUGCCAAACUUAACCAGCUGAGAAGAGAUGGUGUGAAAUACUCCACCAUCCGCCUGAGAGAUAAUGAUAUCUACUUCAUCCCGCGUAACAUUAUUCAUCAGUUCAGAACAGUGACGGCCUGUACUAGCAUAGCGUGGCAUCUGAGAUACAAGAAUUAUUACCCAGAGGUGAAGCAACCAGAAAACUCAACUGAGCAUCAAGGGACAGUCAUGUAAGUGACUGACAUUCUAUGUUACUCUAGAUGAAAGAUAUAUAAUUAUCAUUUUCAAACUAUUUAAUUUAUAAUGGAUAAUAGUAAUGGAUAGGUGUAGCUCAAUGUAAGGUGACCUCCACUUGAAUGGUGAAAUUGAAAUAUUGACUCACACAGUCGAGGCACUUACCAUUUAUGUGGGUAAAUCAGAUAUUCCACGUGAAAAAUGCGUGUAAGUGAUUCCUGGCAUUCCAUUUGAAAAGCUUUGAAGAAAACACCCUACCCUUCUUGUUCAAAAAAGGUAAUCGAUGCAAUGAGUCUUAGACAGUGAACAAAACAAAUAUAAGAUUGCUGCUGAGCUCACCCAGCAUGGCCAAUGUCUCCAACCUUGUAUGGAAAAAACAUCUCUUGUCACCCAGUCACGGUUGAGUUGUUUUCCAUACAAAGCAGUCAUAAAAUAUUUCCCUAAGCAUUAUGGGGCGCAAAUUA